GAGUAGGGGCGCACCAAACUGUAAACGUUUUGGCGUUCUCACACGCGCGGACCAGCAGUGUGCAGUUCUGUGGAAUGCGUCAGUGCAAUUCUUACAUAUGAAGGCAUUUGCCCAAGGAUAUGGGCGGUAAUUUUUUCGAUAACAUUACGCUGUGGACGUUUUUGUGUUUUGUGAUUUUAAUUAGAACUGUCGCCGCCGAACGGGAUCUACUGCAGGAUCUUGGUCUCAAUCAGUAUCCUGACGUCUCGAAGAUUAACAUCAGCCUACACGAAUACACUACCAUCAUGGAGGUGUACCUUAAAGCGAGAGAGAAUUCCGCAGAUCACCAAAGCAUUCCUAAACUUAUCACAUUUAAUCUUGAACGCCAAGAUUGGUGGCAAAAUAAAGACUCAACCAUAAGACUAAAGUUCCCCAUAUCGAAAACCGAAUCGCAACUGGAGGUCGAAAGCGCCGAUUUGCGCCUCCUGCUUCCGCCCCAACUGGAUCAGAGGAAAUCGGUCGAAAUCAAGCUGUACCAGAUCCUCGGAAAGCGGAGACGCAAAUUCAUGGACUCCCGUCUGUUGUAUUUAAACCCGAACAUGUCGAAGUGGAGUGAAAUUGAUGUUACAAGUGCAGUAAAAAGUUGGUUCGACGGUCAACGUAAUCUGGGCGUCGAAUUGGUAUGUGCCGAUUGUGUUUCGUCCAUCUAUCCACUGGAGGCCGCCAUCACCGCCCUCAUACACCCGUCCGGACGGCGCGUCAGACGGGACGCCUACGACCAGGAGCGGACGACGGAUUGCGAGAAGAGAAGUGGCAAGAAAAAGUGUUGCCGACAUAAUAUGGACGUUGUAUUUGACAAACUGAAAAGUGGUUUCCCCGGAAUGAAUCAGAUUAUGCAUCCCAAAAAUUACGACGCAGGCUUCUGUCAAGGAUUGUGUCCCAAAAACUACAAUCCAGCCACAAAUCACUCUAGAAUACAAAGCUUAAUGCACCAAUUAGACGUUAAGGACAUCAAAGAAAAAAAGCGUAACAAAAAUUUCAAGAGUUGGAACGGGAAAGUUAUACCAAAGACUUGUUGUGCGCCCUCCAAACUAGAAACAAUUGAUAUUAUACGUGUGCAUCCACGUUUACCGGAGAAAUUACUAAUAGAAAAAUGGGAUAAUAUGAAAGUGUUAGAGUGUUCAUGUUCCUAGUAAUGCCAAAAACAUUUAGCUAAUUUUACGGGUUCGAACUGAGCAUUUCACCGUUUUUCACUCUUUAAGUUGCUGUGAUAUUAUACAUAUGUAUCGUUAACUAUUUGUGUUAAUCUAAAUCAACUUGCAUUCUAUUUAUUCUAUAUCUCGCCAAUAUGUCACAACUAUAUUAGAACUUUUGCUAUUUAUAAGUUAUUUUUUUAUUUUUAACUCACAGGAUAGAAACGACUGAUUUUUUAUAAACUAUAACAUAAAUCUAAUCAGCUGUGAUUUUUAAUGCGAGCAAUCUACAUAUUUUUAUUUAUUUAUUCAGUACUUAAAUGUUACAUACAGGUACUAUUGUUCAUACCGCAAGUUGAUAAGAAUAUUGCGACAAAUUAUAUCGUAUUAAAUGUGAGUAUGUAUAUUCUUCCCUUCAUCUUCCUAUAUCUAUUCGUAACUAUUGUUCGUACAUAUAAUUUGUUGCAUACGAAUCAUUUAUUUAUAAGUUGUAAGUAUAAUUCAAAAAGUAUUAUUUUUACUUGUUUUAUAUUUAUUAUAGUAUUAUGUACAACUAAUGUGCAUCUACAAUUUUUAUAAUACUCGUCUUAUUUUUAAAUGUUAAAUAAAGAAUGAGUUUUGUA